AUGACCACUGUCAUCUCCUCUUCUCGGCGAGGCUGCCGCCCUCCAGGCCUCGUCACGGUGGCGAAGAACCUUCUUCGGCUGCUGGUCGUGCUAGUGGUGCUCAUCACCUCAGCCGCCGCUGACACCCCUGCCCAAGACGGGGGGGAGCCAACGGCGGAAGGCGCUACGUACAUCUACAGCUGCGACGAUCUCGCGAUGGACAGGACGCUCGUACGCGGCUCCGUUGCCAUUGUGGGCGACAUUGUCUGCGCUGAGACCAAGAUCAUCGAGGUGGCCCAGGGCUACGGCGACGUCUACAUCGUUGCAGAGACCAUCAUGUGGAUCAAGGGCGUCAUCUUCGAAAUCCCCAAGGGAACCAGGGUCGACUUCGGCGCGGCGGCUGGGUUCGUCUUCGAAAGCAAUGAGGACAACAAGGACGGCAUCUUCCACGUGGACGGGAUUCUGGGGUUCCUUGUCGAAGACCCCGGCUUCGAAGCCCCUGACCACGCCACACCGGAGGACCUGCACGGGAUGGUCCGCCUUACCCCGGGUGACACGGUACGGGCUCAUGGUGAUGAGGCCAUGUACUACACCGACUCCGCGGUGUUCGUCGUCGUAGAGCCCAGUACCUACAAGAACGACAACAGCAACAUCAACAGCGAGGCGGCCGGUGGCUCUCAGGGAAACCCUGCAGGCCUGGCUCAGGAGCAGCUGCAGCAGGAGUUGGAAGCGAGCGGCAUGGACUUCGUGACGUGCCUGGAUUCUUGCGGCGACCUCCCGAACGAGCGGACCCCUUUCGAAGGGGUCGUGUCCGUUACGGCAGACAUUGUGUGCCCCGAGCCCAAGGGGGACUCCGCGGAAGUGCUUGCUGUCGAACCGCCAGGGGGAGCUGGUCGCUUGCCCGACGACGGCAUGGCGAAGGAAGACAAGCACUCCAGGGAACUCGUGAAGGAGGAAGGAGCGUUAGACGCCGAUGGCCAGAUCCGCCAUACGGCCUUGGACAUGGGAGCCGUCCUUGCGUUCGAUGUCCAGCAGCCGGAGGGGCAGCACACAGUCCCCAUCCCCCAGCUCGAUGAGACCGUCGAGGAGCCGGAGGAGCAGCACAGAGUCCCCAUCCCGCAGCUCUUUGAGAACGGCGACAACAACAACCCCCCCACCUCUCCCGCCAUCCGCCCCUCCCCUACCCCAGGGGACAAGCACAGCACCGCUGGCAAUGCCAACACCGGUGGUUCCUCCAACGGUACCCCGAAAACCACCGGUACUGCCACCGCAACCGAGAUGUCACGCCCAGCCCCAACACUUGCCGUUGUCGAUGACGUCCUCCCGCUGUAUACCCUUGAGUCCUGCGACGAGCUCCGGUUCGAGCGAACGCCCGUCCAAGGCGUGUCCGGCGUGCUUCUCCUCGAUGAUGACAUCAUAUGCAGGGAGGAACGGAUUCUCGAGGUCGACCACGACGUGAUCGUUGUUUCCGACAAGCCCGAUCUCCGUCUCAAGGGCGUGCACUUCGUCGUCCAUGAGAAGGUCUCGUUGACAUUCAUCGUGGCCACGAUGGUCUUGGAGAAACUCGAGGGGGAAUCCGGCGAGCUCUUCACGGUGGAGCCCCAAGGUGUCCUGGCAAUAAGUGCUGACAUGGGGAGCCCAUCGCCCGACAACGGCACGGAGGAGGACGUGCACUCUCUCAUGGCCCUGAAGAAGGAGGGGAGGUUCGAGCUCGACGGUAAGGCCAGCUUCACGGCCUCGACUAUGACGAUCUCCAUGAGGAACGAGGAGGAGAAGAAGAAGGACAACAAGAAGGAGAAGAACCACAAGGACGAGAGCAACAGAGGCACUCACCGAUCCACCGUGGAGCACCCGUCUACGGCCACGGACGACAACCACAACGCUGCUGGCCCCGGUGAUGCCAACGCUGGUGUUGUUGACGAGGAGCGGCAACAGCAACAACAGCAGCCGCAGCAGCAAGAGCCCCGCCCUUCCACCGAGCAACGUUCUGCCAUGAAUGCGGCCGAGAACGGUGCCAACUCCCACACCGAGCCCGACAGUGGCAUCAAUCCCGACGACGACACCAACACCAACCCAUCGUCUGAGCAACACCAGCAGCACCAAGAAGACAAUCCACCCAGCGCACCCCCCCCAUCUUCCUCAUCUACCAUGGGGCAAGACGGUGUCGCCAACCCCAACCUCAACCUCAAGGGAAAGCAGCAGCUACAGCAGCACCAGCAACAGCAGCCCCUCAACAACAACAAUAUCAACACCAUAAACAGCUCCAACAACCCACCCGACCAGCCCUCCUCCUCUGUCACAGGGGACAACACCGAUGCCGGCACACACCAGGGCCUGCCUCGGAUCGACGACAUUGACAACAUCGUGGCGUCGACCCUGAACUCGUGUGACGACCUGACAGCCGGCUGGACCCCGGUGUACGGCAUCGUUGUAGUCACGGACCACGUCAUUUGCCAGGAGGCGCGAACGAUUGAGGUGAGCAAGAAGGCGUACUUCAUUUCCAAGAUUCCCACUCUUUGGUUCAAGGGGGUCACGUUCUACGUGCGGGAGACCGGGUCGUUGACGUUCGGCAUACCCACGAUGCACCUGGAAACGCUCGAGGGGCAGUCUGGCGGGAUCUUCGCGGUCGAGCCGCAAGGCGCCCUAGGGCUGUAUGCUGACGAGUGUAUUCCGUUCCCCGAGGAUUCCACGGACGUGGACACGCACUCUCUGGUGCGUGCGAAGGAGGGCGCAAAAUUGAACUUCGAAGCCGCCGUCCGCUACACGGCCGUCAGCAUCACUGUCGUCUCCACACCCGACCAGAACCCGCAGCGAGACAACUCGACGCCCUCCGACCAGCCUUACUUGGCUACCACAGGGGGCGACACCACCACCACCGCAGCCACGAACCAGGGGCUUCUCGCCGUCGACGGCGCCCAAUCCUUGCUCCUUGUCUCGUGCGACCAGCUGGAGUUCGACCGCAACCCGUUUUACGGCAGGGUGUCUGUCAGAGGCGACAUCAUGUGUCAGGAGCCUCGAGAGGACACGCACUCUCUCGUGCGUGCCAAGGAGGGCGCAAAAACGCGCUUCGAGGCCGCUGUCGGCUACACGGCCUCCAGCAUCACCGUCGUCUCCAUGCCCGACCAGGACCCGCAGCGACACGACUCGACCCCCGCCCCCAUUCCCUCCACCGAUCCUCCUGCUUCCACGACUGGGGACGACGACACAAAAACCAACUCCUACGCCGACCCCGACAGCGGCACCAACACCGACGACGACACCAGCACCAACGCAAAAGCUAACGCUAGAGCUAACGCGAAAGCUAACGCAAAAGCUAACGCGAAAGCUAAAGCCAACGCUCGAGCGAAAGCUAAAGCUAAGGCUAGGCGCCGCCGUUUUCCUUCCUCCGACGAGAUUGAGAAACUCCCGGGCCAAGCAAUCGACUCUUGCGACAAACUCCGCUCGGGUCGAACGCGAAUGAAUGGAGUCCUGCUCAUCACGGGCGACAUCGUGUGCCGGGAGGAGACGCUGCUCGAGAUCACCGAGGAAUUGAUCAUCCUCUCCCAGACACCCGUCCUACACUUGGAGGGUGUUCGCUUCCACGUCAAGGAGAACGCUAAGCUGAGGUUCGGCGUCUCCACGAUGCGCGUGGAAAAGCUCGAGGGGGUCUCCGGAGCGAUUUUCACCGUGGAGCGUCAGGGAUACGUGGGACUGCACGCCCACGGGCAGGGCCCAACUCCCCAGGAUGGAUAUGAGGAAGACAACAACUCCCUGGUGCAUGUUCAGACGGGAGGCGAGUUCUUCUUCGACUGCCACGCCCGCUACACGGCCUCCGGCAUGUCGGCCGUCUUGAUACCCUACCCGGAGAACCCCUCCUGGAUGCGGCUGCACGUCCCCAGCCGGCUUCGUGCACGGCGGCAGCUCGAGCAGCAGCACCACGAACAGCAGCACCAGGAACAGCAGGGCGAGCAGCAGCAGGGCAGGCAGCGCGCGGGAACCACACCGCCCUCUUCCACUGUUGGGGAGUUUUCUUCGUUGUUUUCUCCAUCAGCUCAGCACACGUUCCAAGACCGACAGCUACUAAGUCCGUCCUACAUUACGGUGGGCGAGGAGCUACGCUUCCCGUCCACGAUGACCAGUCUGGACGAGAAGCACGUGAUGGCCAUGGGGUUCGAUGGCAGCUUGCUUCACACAGGCCCGCAGCGGUACCGGUUUUUCCGCGACGAGAUGGUCCAAGCCGUCGAGAACCGACCCUCGGGGACAGUCAGCACGGAAAACAUCUUGUCGGGCCUGAACCCCGACUACGACGGUGGAGACCCGCGCGCCGAUCUCAAGGUACUGGCCGCCGCCGAUCCGGCACAGGCCAUGCGCUCCUUCCCCGGCAGGAGGAAACGGUUUGAACUGUCGAAGGUGCUCGAGGACGAAGAGAGAGAGGCCACGGAACCGACAGCAGACGUCGUCGCCGAGAUGGAGAGAACACUCCAAGAGUUUCUUCGAGAGAGGAAGAAGAAGUCGGACGUGAACAAGGACAAGGACGAGGACGAGGAGGAGAAGGUCCCGCAGCAGCAGCCAGAGAGGUCGGCUGAAGCGGGCCGCCGCAGCCGCUCAUCGAAGGGCCGAAGGGCCACAGACAGCAACGACAACGAAAACAGACGCAGCGGUACCGGCGGAAGCAGCAGCAACGACGACGGAAGUGAGGCAACAACAGCAGUGGCCAAGAACGUCCCCAGUAGCCCACCGCAGCGGUACUUUGGGGACGACAUCGUGCUCCAGGUUACGAAGACUGGGGACGUGGUGGUGACGAUUGGGGGACAAAUCGUCAUGGAGAAGCGCAACCCGCUUCGGAGACAAGCCGAGAACCUCGACCAGAGUGGGGGGCGAGGGAACUGGGUCGAGAAGCAGCUGAGGAAGGCGAACUCGCUGGCGACGCUGGGAAGAAUCAUCCGUCGACACCGCCUGCGCAGGGAAAACGAAGGCGGCGUCGACAGUAAUGGCGCCGACGAGAUCGUUAGCUUCGGGUACUCUCUCCACGUCGUGGAGAAGGGCUUCGAGGUUAAACUGGAAGGCGUGUUUGUGUGGGGGUGGUACCUCGACACAGAAAGCCCAGAGCCGUUUCAUGAGCUGGCUACGUCUUAA